ACACUGUACGUGAUUGGCGGGAGGGUUUGUGUGUCUGCAUGGGAACCUGCUACUGGUUUCCCCAUACACUCACUCACAUACACACACACACGGGGAGGGGAGAGCCGCAGUCGGUCAGGCAGACAGACGGUGGGUUACAGUCUCCGCUCGCACGGCAGCAGGGGAGAAACAAAACUCUCCCUCACGCCCCGAACAACUUCGUCCUGAAAGUGAAGUCGACGCGAUGUUAAACGCGAAAUGCUCCCGUUCGGUGUGAGCCGACAGCGCAAUAAACAGCGAAGGAGGAGACUGCCGAAAGUGUGCUGGGGGAAGAAACUGUGACAGCAGCCGGAGACGCCAAGUGAGGGAUUUGUGGACCGCACGUGGAAACACAUCGUGAGAAGUGGAUAUCACCCUCUCUACUUAAACGCUUUGCCACUCCUGUCCACUCCUGCCUACUUCAGAGAUGAGUGCCAAGUCAGCCAUCAACAAGGAGGUUUUCAUACCCCAUGACGAGAAGAUGCUUGCUGCCGUGCAAGUUAGGCGGAGGACUAAGAAGAAGAUUCCCUUCCUGGCUACAGGUGGACAGGGAGACUACAUGACCUUCAUCUGCCUUUCAGUGACAAAUAAGAAACCCUCCCACGUAUCCAUCACGAAGGUGAAGCAGUUUCAAGGAUCGUCUGCCUUCAUAAAAAGGUCACAGUGGACGGUUGACCAGCUACGGCAGGUCAAUGGCAUUGACCCGAACAAAGACAGUCCAGAGUUCGACCUGACGUUUGAAAAUGCUUUUGACCAGUGGGUUGCCGGCUCAGCAGGAGAGAAGUGCACCUUCAUCCAGAUUCUUCACCACACCUGCCAGCGCUACAGCUCAGCGCGGAAACCAGAGUUCAUCAACUGUCAGUCCAAACUGCUGGGGGAGGACCAAGCUGUAGAUUCAGUCAUUUUCCGUUGCAAGGUCUAUUUGAACAGAAAGAGGAAACAAUUUGUUGCACACCAAGGUCAACUACUACGACGAGGUAACAGUAUACUACACACAGCUGCAGACAGUGUGACAAGUGCCGUACAGAAGGCCAGCCAGGCUCUGAAUGAGCGUGGCGAGCGAUUAGGUCGGACUGAAGAGAAGACUGCGGACAUGAUGAACAGUGCUGAACAGUUCGCUGUCACUGCACACAAGCUUGCCAUGAAGCACAAGUGUUAAACCACUGCCAAAACCAACUGGGGGGUGGGGAUCAACAAUCGCCAGUUGCUGUACAGGAGAAGGAUUCCAGAUUUUAUUCUUUUUAAAGAUUUUAAUAUGAUUACUCUUUGUUAACAUAACAUCAGUGUUAACAUUUUAAUGUUUUGGGUUAUUGUAUUCUGGUGCAUCUUCUGAUGGUGACUAAUCGGGGGUGUGGAGGGGGACAGGAGUAAACAACGCUACGUAUUGGAUAACCGCGGCCACUCAAAACACUUCCCCUCUUCAUGUGCUCCAACACUAAUGCGAGUGCACACAUGCUGACAAGUCAUUAUCAGUAAUCAGUCCAAGACGAGGAACAGCUUGUCUCACAGGUUAUUAAUUGUUGAGUGUUAUUUAUGAGCACUGCGGUGAUUAUGCAGUCUGAUUUAUGAAUGAAGGACCAUCUCAUCACAAAUAUAUAACACACACACGCAGACCUGAAGAUAGCCUUGAUUUUCAUGCCUGAUGCUUUUUAGGUUGUACCCAAAUAAAUAUUUUGGCAACACAUUUGGGAGAUGUGAGGUGAACAGAAAUGAUCUCAUCUAUAGAGAAAACAGCAUUAACUCUCCAUCAUCAAUAUAUCCAAGUUUACUUCCCUUCUUUGAUUCUUGGACAUUGCAGUCCUUCGAUCUGUUGUUCUCUCCAUCAUUUCAAACGUGUCCAAACAGUAUUAGUCAAAAAAUGUUUUCAAUAUAUUGUUUUGUAAACUGCAUAUGAGACUGAUUGGAGUGGUCUGGGUGGCGAACUAUUUGAGUCCUCCCUUAGAUUUGUUUAUCAUUCACGAUCAACCAAAACUACAUGGAAUACAGUUGCCACCAUUUUUGGAAGUGUACUUGAAGAACUCCCGCUUAAAAAAAAUAGGCUUUUUAAGUGUAGUAAUUUAUGUUAGAAGGGAGGGCAGGGGCAGUUCAAUAAAGCAGCUUCUGCAUUGUAAAAAGCAAAUUAUGUAAUUCUUCUAGUGCUAUUAUCUCAGUGUCUGUAGAGUUAACUUGUCCCAUGUAUGUGGGAUGAUUUGAAAUGACUCCCGGCUGUAUCUCAACUUUAAACAUUCAGUAGUCAUACUUAAUGCUUUUUGUAUAAUUUGAGUUAGAUAUUACGAUGAUGUGUAUACUGGUAGAUAAAUGAGAAACUAUCUCAAAUAGCAGCAGCAGCAGCAGCAGCAGUGUGUAGUAGUUUAUUUUUGUGUCAUUGCUCUCACACUGACUGUAACUUUGGCUUCCUCACGCUCACAAUUGAGAUGUAUUUGAUUCCUUUUUUAUAUUUUGAAUUUUAUAAUUCAUGAUGUUACAAUGCACCGACAACCUUAUCUUGCAGAGCACUGUUGAGUUCAUACUGAAACGUUCCAGUUGCCUAACUGUUUACUGUGCUUGUAUUCCUCUCUCUUAACACUUUGGAUGUUUAUUGUUUUAAUAAAAAGUAUACAUAAAUAUAUAUAAACAGUGUCCUUUUUAUAACCAGCUUUAACCGUUCCAUCAAAAAAUGGAAUCAGAAGUUGUACAUUUUUUUUGUCCGGUGUUUAUCAUUAUCAUUGUUAUUGCAUUUGUGUGUUUUACUCACAUGGAUUUUCUCUACUCAUAGACGAUAAGCUGCCACAAGCUCACAGGGUUAUGUAAUUUUUCUCUGUCUGAUGUGCUCAGUCUCACUUCAUGCUUCAACGAUGCUCUUAUCACACUGAUCACAAUUCUCUAUAAUACUGUAUGAUGUUAAAUAAAGUCCAAUCCACAAUCCAAA